AAAAAACUGUCUUGCUUGCACCAAGCCGCUAUGAGAAGUGGCCCACAGUUUUAUAUGACUGCUGGUUCCCCAUAUCCAUUGUCUUCAUUCGAUUUAAGAGUGAAAAAAAGGGUCGAACCAUUUCAGACUAAGAGCAAGCAAGACAAGGCGCAAACUACGUUUCCUUCCCUGGUUUAUUCACUUGAACUUUUUGUAUCCUCUUCCUAUUUUGCCAAUUGGUCUCGUGGUUACCUUCGAUCCACAUCUACCCCCAUUGCCACAGGUAUCUUGUCCUUCGACGCUUGCAAAGGGGUAUAGAAAAGAAGAAUUUCUUCCCCCGUACAUCGACAUAUCAUCAUUCUUCUUCUUCUUCUUCUUCUUCUUGCUCGACGAGACACAGCAACCUCCGCUCAACCUUCCAUAUCGAAAGAAUCCUCCGUUCCCCAACAUGUCUGAUCAAUCUGUCAUCAAAUACGACUGGCGACUUAAGCUCGACAAUUACUGCUGGAAGGCAAACAUUGAGUCGCCUACUUAUAAUACAUUCUCCGACCGUCGAGGAGGUCGUACAGCUUGGUCCUGUACCGUCACCGUCACUGGACGAGGAACUUACGCUGCCCGAUACUGGUAUGAUGGUCGAUUUGUGGAUAACGCCAAAGAAGACGCAGCCGAGGUAGCACUGAAGAUUCUGGAUCCCCAGGGUCAGUCAGGGCAAACUUCCAGCCAGGAACCUUUCCAAGGAUAUAUUGAGCGUCGUUAGUGAAACAGCCUCGCCAGUGCUGGAACCCCCGCUUUGGGUGCUGUAUUUUUGGGAUCCUUUUUCUCUUUUUUUUUUCCCCC